AUGCCACACAAACAGGUCCGGAAGCUCUGGAGCGGCGUAGCGGCCGGCACCGUCGGCGUCGCACGCGUUGACCUGCGCCGCCCCACGUUCCCAUGGCCCGAGGAGUACGACGAAGGCAACCUGCUCUUCAAGCGCCGCCACGCCGCGCGCACCCCCCGCCGCGGCCGCCCCCCGACCCGCGCCGCGGCGCAGGCGCACGCGGCGAUGGGCAUUGCCAAUUUGGCGGUCGGCCCAUACGACGGCGAUCGCGACGGCGACGGCGGCGGCGCGCGGCGGGCGCCGAACGGGGCGCGGCUGAAGGUGAUGCGGUGCGUGCACCUCAAGAACCCCGAGCAGCGGCGGCCCCUGGUGGACUUUGGGGUGGGGCUGUCUGUAGAUCUCGAUCGGCAGGCCCUCCAGGGCGUGUGCCGCCUCAAAUUUUCGGACCUCCUCUCCAUAAAGCUGGCGCCGCAGCCGGCGCUCAAGCUGGCGGCCUCCUGGGGGCUGGCCAACACGGGCAUGGCGCUCAGGCUGAGGUACGAGUGCCCUCUGAACCACCUGCACGAGUGCUGGCGCCCGCCGGCGCGGCUAAUGCUGAGAAUUGACAACCAGAUUGGCACUGGUGUCCACCUCAGCCCCUCCGGUGUCGAGUUUGACGAGCGGCGUGUCGCGUUGGGGGACACGACAGAGCUGCGCGCCGGCGCGACCCUGCGGUUCCCGCGGUCGCUGCCAAUAGACAGGGACGACCCAGACGCAUUCAAGCUGCAGGUCCAUCGGCUGAGCCUGAAGGCGCAGUGGUGA